CGCAGGCGCAGUUGGCCUUCCUGUCAGGGGCAAGAUGGCGGCGGGGUCGGUGUACCGGGCUCUGGGCUGUGUUGCUAGCCGGGCUCUCCUUCGGGGCUCUUGCGCACCGAUAUCCUUGCAGGGCUUGGUGAAAAGAGGAAGUACUGCAACCUAUGCUAAUGUGCUAGCCAAUCUUCCUGAGACAGAAGUUACUACUUUAGACAACGGCUUACAAAUAGCAUCAGAAAAGUCAAACCACCCUACAUGUACACAAUUGAGAUUCUGGCUGAUAUAACACAAAACUGCAGCUUGGAAGAUUCUCAGGUUGAAAAGGAGCGGAAUGUCAUCCUUCAGGAGAUGAAAGAAUCCGAUUCUUGUCUGUCUGCUGUCCUCUUCAAUUAUCUUCAUGCUUCGGCUUAUCAAGGCACAUCUUUGGCCCAGACUGCUGAAGGGACAACAGCAAAUAUAAAGAAAUUGACUCGUUCAGAUAUAGCAGAAUACAUGGGAACUCAUCUCAAAGCACCUCGCAUGGUUCUAGUAGCUGCUGGAGAUGUUGGUCAUAAAGAGCUGGUGGAUCUUGCCCAGCAGCAUUUCGGCAAUGUUCCUUCUAAUUACAAAGGUGGUAACAUACCUGUUUUAUCCAAAAGUCGUUUCAGUGGAAGUCAGGUCACAGUCAGAGAUGAUGAAUUACCUUUGGCUCAUGUUGCUUUCGCAGUGGAGGGGCCUGGCUGGGGUAGCCCAGACAACCUUGUCCUCCUGUUAAUUAAUUCAAUCAUAGGACGCUACGACGUUACCUUUGGUGGAAGUAAGAAUCUGUAUAGCAAAAUGGCUGCUGAUUUUGCGGAGCAUGACCUCUGUCAAAGUUUCCAGACCUUCAACCUUUCCUACUCUGAUACAGGACUUUUUGGUUUUUAUUUUGUCAGUGGUCGUUUCAAUAUUUUACACUCAAGUGAUUGGGGAAGAUAUGAAUGGAUGCGCAUUUGCACUGACUUGCCCGAACACGACUUGGAGAGAGGCAAAAAAGUUCUUCGAAGGAACUUGGUGGCCCAACUAGAUGGUACUACUCCAAUGUGUGAGAGUAUUGCCACCCAGCUGCUGAGCUAUGGUCGUCGGAUACCUUUGGCAGAAUGGGAUGCCAGAAUUUCUGAAAUUGAUACCAAAACGGUUCAGGAUGUCUGCAGUAAAUACGUAUAUGACAAAUGUCCAGUUGUUGCAGGAGUUGGACCUGUUGAGCAACUUCUGGAUUACAACUACAACCGCACUUGGACAUAUUUGAACCGUUACUAGACAGUCCAAUGCAAGAUGGAAAGCCUCUGGAUCAUCUAGAUUUUCUUGUGGUCUUUUGUGUCCCAGUGGCAAAAUGGAUCCCAUACAUUCUGUAUAAAAUGCUUUAUAACUAUGUAAGUGAUAUCAGAGAGCAAAAUAAAUUAAAUGAGUUGGUAUCCAG